CACCGGUGAAUGUGAAAAAUUUUUCUCGUUUUUCUAAGACUGGAAAAUGGAAAAUGAAAAUAAGUAAAGUCUUUAAAAAACAGUAUAUAUUUUACUUUUAUCAUAAAGUCGUUCUAUUUAAAAUUGUACUUAGUACAAACAAUUACAUAAAAAUGAGCUAUACUACUGAAGAGCUUUUAAAAAUGCUAGAUGAAAAGAUACAAAAUGGUGAAUCUCUCAUAGAGCAACUUUUGGACAAACAGGAAUUAGAAGGUGCCCUGAAACUUAAAAAGAAAAUUCAUCAAGAAACAGAGUUUCUGAAAAGGAUACAAAAAUCUGGAAAAGUGAAAAUAGAACAGUUGUCAUGUUCAAACUUGCGACACUUGGGGGCGAUAGUUGACUGUGCGGUCAGACCUGGUGUACUGUCUGUGUGUAAAGCGUUUCAUAUUAAUGACGAGAGCAAGCUCUUGGUGGACAUUGUGAGCGAUGAGGGCCGGACAUGGAUAAAAGUAAUUGCUCGGAAUCCCAAAUCUUUGUCAGCUCUAAGCUCUGGCAAGGCAUCAUACGGUGCACGCUCCAUACUCGACCAAGCUGAUGAUUACUUGGAGUGUGCCAAACUUUAUCCAUGUAUGUAUCAAUCACCAAAGGUUGUGUUUGAAUUUGUAAGCGGAAUUGAAGAGUCUCUGGCAAAUAAACUUAAAGCAAAAGGAGUUUUCGUAAAGGGGGAGGUUUUACCAGAUUCUAAACAGCUUGUAGAGUUUGACGAUUCAUUUGAAUCUAGUAGUGAUGAGGAGUUUUUUGAAAAUAAUGAUGAAAUAAGUUUGCGAUGUUUGUCGCAAUGUAUGGAGGAGCAUGCAGAUAUAAAUAUUUUGAAUUUAGACGUGACAGCCAUGAUGGCUUACGUUAGCAAUAUGACCAACGGCCACUGCAAUUAUGUGUUCCAACAGAAAGUUCUCACGGACCAAGCGGCCUGGGAGGCAGAGAGACCAGUGAAGCCAAUACUCGAACAAUUAUUUGAAGGUAAAACUUUGGUAUGCUGCAGAACAGCAUGGGAUGAUUUCCUAAAGAUCAUCAAUACAUUAGGGGGCCCAAUGGAAAAGCAGCGUACAGCGGACUUAAAAGAGCGGGUCACGGUUUAUGAUGAUGAUUAUGGAGGGCAGGACGAUUAUCCAAGGCAAAGUCUAAAAGUAAGAGGUCAUGUCCGGUUAAGAUCAAAGAUAAUUUUUAACUUCGGACAUAGAAUUAAGGCCCUUACCGUCUCGGCUAACGAUGGAUUUGUAAGAGCUGCCGCACAACAAGGAGUUACAUAUGCCACGUUCAUUCACGAGUCACGCGCAUUAACUGAGGGGAAAGAAGCCAGUGCUACAGAGAUUGAUUUAUGAUAUCAUAUUUGUUAACAAGUAGUUGAAAGACUAUAAUAUUAUGCUUGAAUUUUCAUCUUAUAGUGCUGUGAUAGUAACGUUAACGUCCAUAAUUUCAAAACGAUGCUGUGUAUUUCUAAAAAUACCUAAAUAUAUAAUAAUAUAAUUUACCUAUGUCAUA